UAUACCGUAGUGCUUGAGUAAUGUUCCAACAGUUAUAUACCUUGUGUUGCUAUGACGAAGAGUAGAAUACAAUGAUUUUUUAACCGAUUCUAAAAAUUUGAUUUCAGUAAUAUAUAAAAAAUAUCAAUAAUAAUUUUAAAUAAAAAUUUACAGUGAAUCAUUCAAAUUUUGUUAAAAUUUAAAAAAAAAAUCAAGAGCUACGUAUUUUUUAAAAUGUGGCCCUUUAAUCGCAUGUGUCAAAGUAAAGCUCGACUUGUCGGUAAAACUGUUUUAAUUACUGGAGCAAAUACUGGCAUUGGAAAAGAAGCAGCUAAGGAUCUUUAUAGAAGAGGUGCCAGAGUAAUAUUAGCAUGUCGAGAUCUUACAAAAGCGAAAGCAGCAGCUGAGGAAAUAAAAUCCACGCCAACACUAAAACCUAAUCGAGAACAAUUUCAAGGAGAAGUAGGCGAAGUGGUUGUUUGUAAAUUAAAUUUAACUAGUUUUGCUAGUGUCAGAGAAUGUGCUAAACAAAUAAUUAACACUGAACCAAAAAUUCAUAUAUUAAUUAACAAUGCUGGCGUGAUGUUGUGUCCAUAUGAAAAAACUGAGGACGGUUACGAAUAUCAAUUUCAAACGAAUCACUUGGGACAUUUUUUGUUAACUUUAUUGUUAUUGCCAAAAAUAAAAGAUUCUACACCUGGCUGUAGAAUUAUUAAUGUAUCAUCAAUGAUUCAUAAAAACGGUCAUAUAAACUGGAAUGAUUUGAAUUUAGAAAAUUCAUAUACACCCAUGAAAGGAUAUACACAAAGUAAAUUGGCCAAUGUACUCUUUUCAAGAGGUUUGGUACAUAAACUCAAAGAGGCUAAAAUUGAAGGAAUAAAUGUGUACAGUUUACAUCCAGGUGUAAUUGCAACUGAAUUAGGACGUCAUUUAGAUUCAGCUUUUUUCCCAGGAGCUAGAACAUUGUUUGGUUUAAUUAUUGGUACUUUUGUGAAAACACCUGAUCGCGGUUGUCAAACAACUAUUCAUUGCGCAGUUGACGAAGAAGCAGGAAAACAAACUGGAUUAUAUUACAAAGAAUGUGCCGUAGCGUCAGCAGCUUCGAGAGCACAAAGCGAUGAAGAUGCUGCUAGAUUAUGGAGGAGAAGUAUAAAAAUGGUCAAAUUGACAGAAGAGGAAAAUCCUUUUUCGGUCGCUCUUCCAAUGGUACCAGUUAGCCAAGGCAGAUUUUUUGAGCGACGUAAUCAGACAGAUCUAAAAAAUAUUGGUGAUCCUUCUUUUUGGUAGUAGUGGCUCACACAUAUGAUUUAUUUACAAGUAUUUGUUUAUUUACAAAUACUUGUUUAUUUACAAAUACUUGUUUAUUUACAAAUACUUGUUUAUUUACAAAUAUUUGUUUAUUUAUAAACAAUUAUUUAUUUGCAAUUAUAUUUAAUUAAUUCUUAUGUCAUAAUUUCUUAAAAUUUUUUUUUGAUUUUUAUUAAUUUUACCUACACUGAACUUAUAAUUAUUCCCUACUCUAAUCCCUCAAUUUUACUUGGUUAAAUAAACUAAAUUAGGGAAAGGUAUUAAAUGAAGGAUUUAUAAUUAAAAGAUUAUUGUUUUAAACAAUGGUAUAAACAAUUGUAUAUUCUUUAAUAAUUAAUAAGUUGUUUAGAGAAAGACAGGAAAACACUCAUUAAUUUUAAAGGUUCAUAUUAUUAACCUUUAAAAAAGCUGUGUGAUGAUUCUUCAAUUAGUUUUUCCUUUUUCAAACACCGGGUCUUCUAAGAUUAUAUCUUUUAAGUCUUAAUAUUUUUAUUACCGCAUUAACACUGGUAUAUUUUAUGCUGGACCGUAACUGACGAAAACUUCUGAAUAUGUAAUAUUUUAACUUGUGAACUAUGAUGACACUUGUGUAUCUUCGAUAUAUAUAUUUUGAAACUGUAUUUGACACUCGCUACGAUGAACUCCGUGCGUAUAAUUUGGGACUGCCUUCAAUGUGAAAGGUUUCCCUUUAUAUUGUUAUGUCAUAUUUGAUAAGAAAAAUUUAAAUAAUUUUUAAUUCAACCUAAGCAGAACUUAUAAUUAUUCCCUAUGCUAAUUACUCCAUUUAACUUAGUUAAAUUAACUAAGUUGGGAAGAGGUUUAUUAAAUGAAUGAUUUAAAAAAUAUAAUAUAAAAAUUAUUUAUUUAAAAAAAUGUAGAAUGUUCUCAACAAUUAGUGUUAUACAAUCAAAUAAAUCCUUGUUUUUAAAAGGUUCAUAUUUUACCUUUAAAUAAUCUGUGAUGAUUCUUCUAUUGCUUCUCUUUCUCAAUCACCGGGUUUCCUCUCGGUCUCCUCAGAUUGUAUCUUGUGAGUCGUUAAACUUUUAUUACUGUAUUGACAUUGGAAACUUUUAACUGAUGUACUAUGACGACACUUGUGUAUAUUUUAAAACUAUAUUAGAUACACCAUUGUUUACUUGCAAAUAUUUGUUUACAAAUAUUUGUUAUUAAUAAUAAUAUUAUAAUAUUAUACUGUUCAAUACAUGCAAGACAUUCUGAUGCCUUGCAUCUAGCUGUAACUAAUUCUUCCCUGCAUAUAUGUGUGACGGUUUCGUCAAAUAAAGUUAAUAAAACAAAUAAUAUAUUUUCGUUAAGAUAUUUUAUUUGGAAACGAGGUCUUUGCCGUAGCAAAGGUUUUACAACGAAUAGAUUUUUAUUUUCAUAUCGCCUUUUUAUAUUAUGAAAAAGAGGUCAUUUUUUUAAUAUUACAAGAAUAUUUAUUUUAUUCAAAUUAAUUAUUAAUAAUAAUUAUUAUUUAUUUAUAAAUAUAUUUGUUUAUUUAUAAACAGUUGUUUAAUUACAAAUAUUUGUUUAUUUAAGGACAAUUAUUUAUUUACAAAUAUAUUUAUUUAUUUAAUAAAAUUAAUUAUUAAUAAUUAUUAUUAUUUGUUAUAAUUGUUAUAAUUGUUCAAUACAUGCAAAUCAUUCUGAUGCCUUGCAUCCAGCUGUAACUAAUUCUUCUCUGCAUAUAUGACAAUAAGUAAAUAUACGGUUAACAUUGGCAAUCGAGUGCCAUUCAAAAAAUUCUGUGUAUUUUUCCUUAUCUGUAUCGUUUAGGGUUUCAUAACAAAAUGAACAAAGCCUAACCUCUGUUUUUUCGUUAAAAUAUAAAAAUAAAAUAUACGGCGCCAUUUUCAUGCAAGAGCAUGCUAAUAAUAGGCUGUAAAUCGCUGGAUGUUCGAUUGGUAUUACACCGUCAAUUGUUUUAUUUGGAAUAACUUUAGGAAUAUCUUUAGUAGUGUUAUGUCAUAAAUAUUAUUUUUUUACUAGUCUAAACUUAUAAUCGUUCCCUAUUCUAAUUUCCUCAAUUUAACUUAGUUAAAAUUACUAAGUUGGGAAGAGGUUUUACUAAAUGAAUGAUCUAAUAUUAUUGUUAUGUCAAAAAAUUUAAAUUACUAUUAAUUUUGCCUAAUCUAAACUUACAAUUAUACCCUGUUCUAACUCCUUAAUUUAACUUAGUUAAAUUAACUAAGUUGGGGAAAGGAUUAUUAAAUGAAUGUUUAAAAAUAAAAAUUAUUUGUUCAAAAAAAAUGUAAAUGUUCUUAAUUGACAAUCAAAUAUUUAGAAAAUCUAUUUAAUUACAUUUGGUAAAACUACC